CUCUUUAACCUCGGUGCAGCAGACACUUCCCUUCCAGGCCGAGGGCUCGGUGGCCUUCCCAGAAUGCACCGCUGCACAGCCUGCCUCGCGGCUUUCAAGUCUCAUCUUCUCAGGGCCCUGGAGAGAGAAUGUUUCAGACGUUUAAAGACUGGUUCUGGCUGGAGAAAUUCUGGCUUCCUCCCACAAUAAAGUGGUCAGAUCUUGAAGAUCAUGAUGGGCUCGUCUUUGUUAAAGCAUCCCAUUUGUACAUGACGAUUCCAUAUGCCCUUCUCCUGAUGAUCGUCAGAUACUUCUUUGAAAAGUUCGUUGCCACACCUCUAGCAAAUGCAUUUGGCAUCAAAAGGCAGUGCAUAAAAUUAAGCCCAAAUGCCAUCUUAGAGAAUUUUUUCAAGCUUUCCACAAGUCAACCAUGCCACAUGUAUACUGAUGUUUAUGGACUGGCAAAAAAGUGUAACUUAACAGAGCGCCAGGUCGAGAGAUGGUUUAGGAGUCGGCGGAAUCAAGACAGGCCUUGCAGGAUGAAGAAAUUCCAGGAAUCUUGCUGGCGGUUUACAUUUUACUUAAUGAUAACUGUGGCUGGUGUUGCAUUUCUUUAUGAUAAACCUUGGGCAUAUGACCUCUGGGAGGUUUGGCGUGACUAUCCCAAGCAGCCUCUGCUGCCGUCCCAGUACUGGUACUACAUUUUGGAGAUGAGUUUUUAUUGGUCACUGCUGUUUAGCCUCGGCUCUGAUAUCAAGAGGAAGGAUUUCCUUGCGCAUGUCAUCCACCACCUGGCUGCCAUUAGUCUGAUGAGCUUCUCCUGGUGUGCUAACUACAUCCGCAGUGGGACCCUCGUGUUGCUUGUGCACGAUGUGUCUGACAUUUGGCUGGAGUCUGCUAAGAUGUUCUCCUAUGCUGGAUGGAAGCAGACCUGCAACGCCCUCUUCCUCAUCUUCUCCGUUGUCUUCUUCAUCAGCCGAUUCAUCAUCUUUCCAUUCUGGAUUUUGUACUGCACCCUGAUUCUGCCUCUGCACUACCUCGAACCCUUCUUCUCGUACAUCUUCCUCAACCUCCAGCUCAUGAUCCUGCAGGGCCUUCACCUCUACUGGGGCUAUUUCAUAAUGAAGAUGCUCAAUCGAUGCAUAUUCAUGAAGAGCAUUCAGGAUGUGAGAAGUGAUAAUGAAGAAGAGGAGGAGGAGGAGGAAGAGGAAGAGGAAAAUGAGGAGAACACCAACAGCACAGGGCCGGAGUAUCUGAAGAAUGGCCUUGGGACCAACAGCCGUCUCGUUCCCAAUGGCCAGCACACUCGCUAGCUCGAAGCUCUGGAACUCCAUGGCACAGUAUGCCGCCAGGUCAUUGGAAGCCUGCUCUCCAGCCCACUGCUGUGGACACACAGCGACCCCAGUUUUUCCUUCUUAUUUUAUUUUAUUUUACUUUAUUUUGUUUUAUUUUAGAUGAAGUUUCCUAUGUUGCCCAAGCUGGGCUCCAACUCAGCCAUCCUGCCUUGUGAUAAA